CCUCGGGCCCCGUUCAGCCCUCGCCGCCGUCUCUGAGGGAAACUCUUCCCUGCCUCCCUCCGGGAGCACCUGGAUCCUGAGAGCUGCACCUCGGCAAGGCCGAGGGGAGCUUGAAAUGGCAGCUUAAGUGGUUACCGCCGCGGUUCUUUCCUUCGGGAGCAGCUCAGGGUGUCCGCUGUCUUUCCCGCUGGGAGACAGGCAGCUGGUGGCUGAGGGACUCUGAGCUCGCAAGGUGUUGAACUGCUGGCAAGAUGCUGUGGUGGGGCGUGUACACAGAGUAAGCAGUUAUCUGGCGAAUAGAUGUGGUUUCUUCAUUUUAAAACCUAGUAAAAGACAUAAAUAGUGGAAGAGUAUAUGUUAGCUUACAGUAAUGUGAUACAAGAAUUAGUUACUAUGACAAAAAGUGGAAUAUUUCAACUAAAGUAAAGUUUCAUCUAAGCAACUGUAUUUUUUGAAAGUUUGACAGAAUGUCCCUCUGGUAGCAUGAUUUAUUUCAGACAGUGUUUUUCCAGACGCUGUUCAUUCUUUGAAAAGGAUAACAUCUUGUGGGAAGUGUGAUCUGUGCUGAACAGAUGUCUUUUCAUCUGUAAUCACGUCUGUUUGGAGUCUCUCCCUAUCUCAAAGGCAAGGUCAGGCAGAGCUGGAGCCAGCUUCAGAUCAGCAAGAGUUUUGACUGUUGUGAAGUUCAUAAUAACAUUAAAAUUACUCCUUGGAAUGUAAUAGAAUGCGCAUGAGAUUUCUGGGAAAAUUUAUUAUGCAUGUAAUUUAAGUGAUUUCCUAGCAUGGACACUGUUGCUAGCCAUAGUUGUCAUCUUCUCCAGCAGCUACAUGAACAACGCAUUCAGGGUCUUCUCUGUGACUGCAUGCUGGUGGUAAAAGGUGUCUGCUUCAAAGCACACAAAAAUGUAUUAGCUGCUUUCAGUCAAUAUUUCAGGACCCUUUUCCAGAAUUCUUCAGGACAGAAGAACGAUGUCUUUCACUUGGACAUUAAAAAUGUAGGUGGGAUAGGCCAGAUCUUGGACUUCAUGUACACCUCUCACCUGGAUCUUAGCCAGGACAAUGUACAAGCUAUGUUGGAUAUUGCACAGUGUCUCCAAGUGCAAAAUGUGCUGAACAUUUGCCAUACCUUUUUAAAAUCUUCUACAGCUGUAGAGCAAACAGCCAGCAUGCCUUGUAAUAGCAUUUUUUCGCUGCAGAAUACUUUGAGUGCGGAUACCAGCUGUGCCAAUGACAAUUAUGGAACAAACCUAUUGCAUGAAUGCUCGUCUGACACACAAGCUAAUAAAGUCUUGGCUGACCACCAUUCUCACACAUCACAGUCUCUUAAUCUUCACACAGCCUCUGGUGAGAUACAGAAACAAUCACAAGAUUCCUUAGAAGGCAACUGCUGCACAGAGCUACCAUUUAAACAACCAAAUUACUAUUAUAAGCUACGCAACUUUUACAGUAAACAGUUCUAUAAGCAAAACACUUGCUCUAAUCAUGAGAGAGUUGCAGAACAAUCCUUUUCUUACAACACAGCUACAGAAAUAAAUACAGUAGAGAAUAAUUCUUGUACUGUCAGUCACUCUGAAUGUAUUCUUGAAACCUCUGAUCAUUUACCGUCAAACUUUCUGGUUCAGACUGUGAAUGAAGCUGCUCCAGACCAAGAUGCAGGCAGCGUGCUUAUGCAGCCCACCAAACAGAUGCGGCUGAAAAAGGCAGUACACCUCAAAAAGUUAAAUUUUCUAAGAUCUCAGAAAUCUACAGAGGAGCCACCUGAGCCUAAGAGAGAUGGCAGCAGAAUAACAGGAGUGGUUGAAUCUGUAAAUGAAAGUACCGUGGACAUGACAAAUGUUAGAGUUACUGAAGAAAAGGAAGCGGAAGAUUUAGCAGAUUCUGAGAAUGUUGAACAAACUGUUGAAAUUGAAAGAUCUGAAGGUCCUUUGGAACAAGAAGGGCAAUCACAGACUCUUCAGUCACAGAGGCAAUAUACUUGUGAAUUAUGUGGGAAGGCUUUCAAACAUCCAAGCAAUUUGGAGCUCCAUAAAAGGUCUCAUACAGGUGAGAAACCUUUUGAAUGUAACAUUUGUGGGAAACACUUCUCACAGGCAGGUAAUCUCCAGACACAUUUACGUCGACAUUCUGGUGAAAAGCCAUACAUUUGUGAAAUCUGUGGGAAAAGAUUUGCUGCUUCUGGUGAUGUUCAACGUCAUAUUAUUAUUCAUUCUGGAGAAAAACCUCAUCUGUGUGAUAUCUGUGGCAGAGGAUUCAGUAACUUCAGUAAUUUAAAAGAGCACAAAAAGACUCAUACAGCAGAUAAAGUAUUUACCUGUGACGAAUGUGGAAAGUCAUUCAACAUGCAACGAAAAUUAGUGAAGCACAGAAUUAGGCAUACCGGAGAGAGACCAUACAGCUGUUCAGCAUGUGGGAAAUGUUUUGCAGGCUCUGGUGACCUGCGCAGACAUGUGAGGACUCAUACAGGAGAAAAACCCUACACCUGUGAAACUUGUAACAAAUGCUUCACUCGCUCAGCUGUUUUGCGACGGCACAAGAAAAUGCAUUGUAAAUCCACUGAUGACGGUCCAAACACACUAGAUGAAUUUACUCAAGGGAUUGAAACUUCUGACCUUGACAAAUCUCAGAGUUCUGACUCUUUUGGCCAAGAAAUGUCUGUUACAUUGUUACCAGUGUCUGUUAAAUUUCCCAUUCGUCCAACUGCAAAUUCAACUGAAUUUGAUAGUUCUGCGGAUUCAUACUGUAAGUUGCGAUCAAUGAUUCAACACCAUGACUUGGCAAACCAACAGAAACUGAACAUGGAUUCUGCUAAACUCCCAAAAGCUCAGACACAGCAAAAUCCACCACCACCACCAUUUGCUUAUGCAGAUGUAGAUGUAUCUUCUGCAGAAGAGCCCUUGCAUCCUGAUAAUAUUCCCAUGAUUCGUUCCUCUAUGGUUAGCUUGGACGGUCAUUGUAAUGAUCCACUAGGCAGUCGAACAUCAUCUGCUGCAUACAAGAAUAAUGAAGGACCCUUCUUCUCCAGCAUGACCCUCUGGGGUUUAGCUAUGAAGACCUUGCAGAAUGAAAGUGAAUUGGAACAAUGAUGGCUCAGGUGACUGUAUCAAAACUUCUUGGAGGCAUAUCAUGCUAAAGUGAUUGCAAUUGCACUGCAUUCCUAGAGAGGUCAGAGCUAGUUUUCAAGCCAACUUACUUUGAUACUGGUAGAAAUCGAGAUGCGCAUGCCCAGAACCCAGUGUAGGCUGCCUUUACACUGCUUCUCAGCAAAGCUCAGAUCUAGUUUAGGGACCUUUGUUGUUCUGUGACUGCACUGUGUUGCUCAUCUGUUGCCAUGGUUUACUAAAAUUUGCCAUUUAGUAAAUUUACUGUUUAACUUGCUAUUUUUUACCUGAUAAUGAAGGAAAGGAUUGCAAAAUGCCUAAUUUCGUGAUAUGGGUGCAAUUCCAAGUAUGAGUCAUCAGAGUUUUGUAAUGGGGUAGGUAUGAAAAGAGGCAAAUAUUUAACAAAUCCCUAGUGAACCUGAGUUUCAGUAGUGGCUUUCUUACUGGUAGAAUCAUUGGUUUACAUGACUUGAGUAUUGUGAUAUUAAAUUUAAAUAUUAAAUACUGGGCAAUAUUUGUGAUAGUGCAAAGUAACUGUAUAUCUAGAAACUUUAUUUUUUUACAAUAAAAGCUUUUUUUAGUAUUUUGUAAACUAUUUUGCACAGCAGAUUAUUUGUACAAUGAAGGCCAAGAUCAGGAAAUGCAAAUAAAGGGAGGUUGUUUUACAUUGUAUCUUAAUUGCUAAACGUGUUUCAUCUUUCAUAAAAAGAUUUUCAAUAACAUAAUUCCAUCUAUUCCACGUAUCUUCAGUGCUAAUGGGGAUACCACCAUAAGAAGAGCUGCACUAUAAAAUAAGGGCAAUCUAUACACCAGUAGAGUGUACUCAGUUCAGUGAGUUAGUGUAAAAUGCUGGCUAAUUAAUGGAAUGAAUAGACUCUUACAGGAUAGAAACUUUGCCUAAAGGCCCUUUUCUUCUUUGGUGCUUUGAAUGGUUGUAUUCAUUUUCAGUAUAGAUCUGUUGCAUUUCGAACUGCUUGCUGUGGUCUCGUGAAUUUUACUGGCUGAACGUUUUCCAACCCAUCAAAAAGUUUUAGCAGUGUGUUGUCAAGCAUUAUGAUAAAAAUUCCAUUAGAUACUGUAUUUUCUGAAAUGAAAAUAUCCUUGCACUAAUCUUUUUUCUGAACUUCACAGGCUGGAAAGUCUGUUUGAAGCACAUACUGCUUAUUUCCUAUGAGGAGUCUCAGUGUUCACCACUAGCAAUACAGCUGUGAGUACAGGUAUAUUUCUAGAUAAGACUGUGAAUUCUAGAUAAGACUUCAGAGUUGCACUUGCAUGAAAUACAUUCCAACAUUUAGUUGGGAUUACAACAUCGUGUAAAAACCCCAAACAUCUGAUUAUAAAAAACUUCUGGUUGUGAAAAGAAGCAGUUUGAAGGCUGAGAACUAGAUUUCAGUGUUUCGCAACAGCUGACAAGAUCUGGUGUUGCUACUAUUUUGAUAACACUGCAGUUCUUCUGCUGAAAAACUAAUAGCUGGAACUUGUAUAGUAAUUUAUAUGUAAUGACACAUUUUCCUCUUACUAGAAAAUAUAUUGUUAGUUGUAUCCCAUUAAAGCACAAAAAUUCAAAUCUAUUACAAC